UAAAUGUUCCAGUCAUAGUCAUAAAAUAUGUCUGAACAUUUACUGAUAUCACGAAAUUUCUAUCCUAACAGUACAUUGUUUAGCAAACGUUGGUAUCCUUACUUUUACGAAUCAAUAUCAAUUCAACAAAGGCGAACAAUAUAGAUUAGAUAAAAUAUCUGAUGCGGUGAAACUAUUGAUAAAUCGAAGCAACAUUGUGUAUUUGUGUUUGAAAUAGCAAAGUUAUUUUUUAAAGUGUAAAAUGGCGGACAACGAUUAUUUCCAAAACAUGGACGCCUUUACCGAUCUAGAUUAUCCAGCAGUAGUGAUUCAACAACCAAGAACUAACGAUUUUCCUGGGCCUAGAAGACCAAUUCCUGUGUCAACAAUCGACCAAGAGUUCAAUUCAACCUUCAACCCAAUCAGUGGCUUAGAGUUCUUACUCGAUGUAAAUCAAUUGAUCAUUCAACAAAGUGUUGAACUUACGGACUUGAUGUCGGUAUCAUCAGAAAACAGGUACACAGUAAAAGUUCCUAGAGGUGAUACUAUAUACUAUGCAACAGAGACUUCCAGUGCUUUCCAAAGAACGUGCUUCGGCUCCGGAAGGCAUUUCAGAUUGAACCUAUAUGACAGGACCCAGCAACAAUCCAUACAGUUUGUGAGAAGAUUGGCUUGUGGUACUUGCACAUUUUGGUGCUAUCUGCAGAAAAUGGAAGUAUGGAUUCCACCUGGAGACUACAUAGGGACUAUCAAGCAAGAAAUCUCGUUCAAUAUGACACCCAAUUUCGGUGUUUACAACAAAAAUGAUAAUUUGUUGUAUAGGAUAAAAGGCCCACCAACUUUUGGAUGUUUGUUGGGGAAAGCUCAGAACUUUCAGAUUUACACUCAUGACGGAUCAACUCAAAUAGGAAGUAUUACUCAUCAAUGGGACCAAGUAAAAGUGUCUUACAACACAUUUCUCCAAAUGCCCAGCAAUAUUCAAGAUAAUGAGAUAAAGGCUUUGCUUAUUGGGAGCGCUUUUCUUUUGGAAUACAUGUUCUUCCUACCUUCCAAUAAAAGACUCGCUUGCAGACCUUUGUGUUGAGUCAAGAAAAAGAAAUAAGAAAGGGUAGGGGUUAAAAAAUAGAAUGAUACUCCGAUAAGUAAUAAACAUACAUGUAAAUAAUAUAACGAUGCGGCAGCAUAACUUCCUUUUUUCAUAACUUAAUAAAACCCAUUGUAUGAGGUGACGUCCCACAUUCUCCAUACACUGAGUAAACAUGUAGGUACCAGUCCAAAUUCACUGUCACUGCGACUUCAUUUUCCUCAAAGAACCAGAGACCAAUAAUUCCAGCUGAGGAAAUUGCACGUCACACUGUGACUUUAGGUGAGUGCAAAAACAUUUGAUGCAAUUCUCCAGGAUUGAUAUUAGCCCAGCAGCACAUGUGUUGUUUGUUGACGGAUUCACACAAAUGAGAAUGGGCAUCAUCAUUAAAAAACAAAAACAUCGAAUCUUUCACUGCUUCAAUGUUUUUAAGUGAUCUUAUGGUCCGUGGGACUCCAGUUGUUCGUCAUGUCGCACUUGUAGUUUGUUUCAUCGUAGUGACAAACGUAAUAAUUGAUUUCCGGUCCAGGACAGGGGCCAACGGUGCAAAGCGCGCUGAGUUGCAAUCACCGAAUAUUUGCUCCAAAAGUAUAACCCUUAACGGCAAAAGCACGCACCUUACUGUACCAAGGCAUGAUGGCGACUGAACUGUGUCGGGGAGAAACUUUAUAGUCCCGCCUCUUGGUCGACUGAAUGGCGCGAAUUUUAAAAAAAGGACGUUAUGCUGCCGCACACUGCAUAACCAACAAAAAUGUAAAAUAAGACGUACAAAUAAAAGUAAGCAAAAACUA